AAAUAAUUUACUGAUUAGUGCUCGAGUGCCGAACGUCGCUACUACAAUGCACUGCGCUAGAUGAGACGCGUUGCUUCAAUUUGUCGCUUUGCGCGCCCAUCGACUAUCCAAGUCAUCGUGGGCACACCGCACUAGCCAUGAUGCCCAGUCAAUCUAUGGGACAAGAAGCGCCGGACCAAGUCAUGACGGUCGGCCAACCGUCAGUCCUUGAUCGUGAAAAUACCCAGCAUGAAGUUCUGGAUCUGCUAGUUGGCCUUGAAUCUCUACCAGCUGAGCUUAUCAUAGAAGUUUGUGGAUCAUUGGAGAAUUCCGACAUCCGGGCGCUGCGCCUGACAAGCCGAGCUUUGAGCAGGAAAGCAACGUCGCCGACGUUCAAAAAGCGCUUCCGCACUGGUCGCGUUCUACUGGAUGAGCAAGGACUGACCUCUUUCCGCGCAAUGACUAAGGAUGAUGGGCUGGGUUGUCUCGUCGACAGCCUCACAAUCGUAGGCGUCAUAGUCGCCCCUAAACAUCGUCUCAGCGUGUUUGAUAUCAAAGCCAGGCGGAUCGCGAAAUUGGAAAACGCACGUCUGGAGGAGAAAGCACUCGAAUGUCGCCAGUUCGAAAGCUCUGCUAUCGCUGAAUCGCUGUUGAAGGAGUGCUUCGAAAAUAUAUCGAGAAGUGGUCGGGGUCAGAGAAUGAGAAUCACUAUAACGAACGCAGUUUUCGACGUACACCAUGCGACUUCGAGCUACCAGGAAGUUGCUUAUGACGACCGUGCAUUGUCCUCGGUCGAUAUUGCCGGAGCAUUUGCAUUCACAACAACGAUGUCGGUGCUUCAGAAGAGCUCUCUGGACGUGGCAACGUUAUGCAUUGCAGAUCCAGUCCCACCGAGUGCUUUCUCAGGAAUUAACUGGGGAGAGGAAGUGCAAGCCGGCAUCAAACAGAUUGGGCAAUUGUAUCUGUGCUUGACAACGAAUGUAGCAGAUUCUGGUGGUCCUAAGACGACAAACAAAACCCAGCAAGGGGGGAAGACAGUGUUAGCAUUGCCAGACCGGAGAUUGACAGACAUUGAAGGCCACGCCGGCCUGACACACUUCUUGUCAAUACCAUCAGAUCUUCAUUACCUCACGAUUAAUUACGUCAAAGAGGAUGGUAGACCUUCCGCUCGACCAGGAACAAGUCAGUCAGGUCUCAUGAUGUCCAGCAUUCUGAAAGGCGAGAGUUUGUCGAGGGUGCAAACAUGCAGCGUAGAAAACUUUGAAAUACACUGGGAAGAGUUGUUGAAGUUUCUGGCGCUCUGCUCCUUACGGCAUUUGCACCUCUCGGGCGUGAACUUGAUCCACGUUCCUGACCAUGAGCCCGACGCAGGGCAAGGACUGCUGGAAUAUUGUAGAAGUCUUUCUACGUGGGGCGAAUUCGAACGAUCGUCGGGGCCACCAGCCAAGUUCAAAAAGCUCCGUCCAAAGCAUCCUCGAACGCUAUCGUGUAGCUGCACAGCCAAGCCACAGGCUGAAAUAUGCCGGCAUUAUCUACCUCGCGCAAAUAAAUACUUGCACCGAGCCUAGUGUAGUUCACGUUUUAGGCGUCUGCACCUCCACAGCAAGAUUUGGACAAUUCUCCUCGAGUCAUUCACUGGAACCACGAGGAACAUGACACGUAAGGUCUGGACCCCAUCGCCUUGGAAUCAAAGUAGUGACUCGUCAUGCCGAGGGAGACUUGAUAUUUGUCAAUAUGCUUUAC